AUGCUAUCAAGACCAGUCGAACAUACUGGAAAAGAGGAUCAGAACAUCCACAAAGCUGUCCAUGUUCCGCAGGCCAUCAACAACUUUCUCAACCUUCGUGAUAAAGAGAAUAAGAAGAAUCGUAUUUCUGGAAGCAAUUUACUGGAUUGGCACGAAAUUCAUAAUGAAUAUAUCUUAACUGGAUAUCGACCUGCUUCGAAUUCAUUUCUCAAGUCUCUUUGGAGUUUAGGUUAUCUACACAACGAGACAGUCAACAUAUGCUCUCAUCUAUUCGGCUCAAUUCUAUUCGCUUCGCUUCCAUUCAUUCUCCAUAAACGAAGUUUUCCUCGUUUUGCAAAUGCAGAAAUAGUGGAUAUUAAUGUAUUAUCGACAAUUUUCUUCGGGGUAGCAAUCUGUUUUCUGCUAUCAGCUAUUUUUCAUCUCAUAGCAAAUCACAGUAAGAGAGUCCAUGUAGUGGGCAAUCAGUUUGAUUACCUAGGUGUAGUGAUAUUGAUGUGGAGCUCUACUAUUCCGACUGUCUAUUAUGGAUUUUACUGCGAUCCGGUUAUUCAGAGAACCUAUUGGAUGAUGAUCUCGAUUUCCGCAACAGCUUGUGCAAUCACAACAUUUCAUUCCGAGUUCCAUCAUCCAAAAGUACGCUCCUAUAGAGCAACAAUGUACAGCUGUCUAGGACUUUCCUCUACUAUUUUUAUAAUUCAUGGUCUCAUAAUCUAUGGAUACGAAAUGCUCAGAUGGAGAAUGAGUCUAGAUUGGAUGGGGGUUAUGGCGGGGUUCAAUUUACUUGGUGCUGUCGCUUAUGCUGUGAGGAUACCAGAAAAAUGGUUUCCACAUCGUCAUGAUAUUUUAGGUUCCAGUCAUCAGAUUCUUCACCUCAUGGUGAUUUUUGCGGGACUAGCACAUAUGUUUGGGCUUUUGAGAGCUUUCGAUCAUAUACAUAAUGAAGAAUUCCAUUGCCUUUGA